AUGCACCCAACCCCACCCCUCGAAACUGAAGCUGGUCCCAGUCGUCUUCGUCGUCUAUCCAUUCCCUCCUCUCGCUCCCUUUCCACACGUCCUAUUUCCCCUUCCACAGAACUUUUAGAUCCUCCAUCAAGACCUUCCACCCCUCAUCUAGACCUAGUAACAUUUUCCACCCCAACUCUUCUUCAUCUUCUAGCUGCUCUUCUACAACAAAUAGCAGUAGCUAACGAUCAACUCCGUCCACCAAGUAUGGACUUAGAUCUUGAAUUGGAACAUUUGGAAAAUGAAGAUAUGAAUAUGAUCCCUACGAAAGAUUCACCCACUACUGCUUUAUUCGAUCAUCAUAUCCCUUCUCAUCACGGAUCAGAAUAUGGUAGUAUGAGUAAUACAAAUUCUAAUCCUAGUCCACCUUCUUCUCCCAUAUCAAGAGAUUCUAAAUCUAAAAUAGGAGUGGGAACAAGAGAAAAUGAUAAUGAACAUGAACAAAAUAUAGAAGAAAUGGAAGAAGAAAGAUUUAAAAAAGUGUCGAAUUUAUCAGUUUUCACAGCUUCGAAAUUAGCUCUUUUACAACCUUCCAGUUUACUAUCUUUUCAUGCUAGACAUAUACCCAGUAUUUCAAUAGAAGCUUAUCUUUUGAGAAUAUUGAAAUAUUGUCCAACUACGAAUGAAGUUUUCCUCAGUUUGUUGGUUUAUUUCGAUAGGAUGUCUCGUUUAGGUACACCGUUGGGAGUAGGAGGAAAAGCUACUUUGGCAGGUGGGAGAAGAGGUUUUGCUAUUGAUAGUUAUAAUGUACAUAGGUUGGUGAUUGCUGGAGUUACGGUGGCAAGCAAGUUUUUUUCGGACGUGUUCUAUACGAACUCGCGUUAUGCAAAAGUAGGCGGUCUACCACCCAACGAAUUAAACCAAUUAGAACUUCAAUUCCUCCUGUUAAACGAUUUUCGUCUAGCCGUCCCUUGUGACGAAAUGCAACAAUACGGUGAUCGUCUUUUAGGUUAUUGGGAAGGUAAACCUACUCCUACACAAACUUCAAUUCCUUCUGCUCCUUUACCAAAGUCAACCUCUCAAUCGGCUCCUUCUAGACCUACAGUCACUAUCUCCACAAAACCAACUUCACGAUCCGUCACACAACCUCCUGUUUACCGUUCGACCACUCAACCUUCUACUUCCCUUCCCACUGCUGAAAAAUCUAUCCUACACUCCGUCGUUCAACCAAUUCAAAACUCUACCAACCCACCUCCCGAAUCAAUCACACCGUCUAACCCCCCUGAACCCAGCAUGGACACUACGAGACAACAUCCCACGGAAUCAAACGGUCAAUGCAAUGACACAUCAAAUGGUCAUGUCGACGGUUUUGCCGAUAUAUCUGCAAGACAAGUCCCGGAGAAUUCGCAUACACCUAUACCGACUGAACAGGAAAUAACGGCCCGUGGAAGAGAACGGGAUAAUCAAGAAAGGACUUCGAUGGUGGUAUGA